AUGGCGUCUAAUUAUGCGAAGGAAAAGGCGAAACGCAUGGCGGAGAAUUUUCUCGCCAAGCUGGUUGAUUCAUUCGACUCUCAGAAAGAAGACAAACCUCCCAAGCCUCCCCCUAAGCCUGCUGAGGCGGGCGUUUCUGGCUCAUCUGACCAUGCAGCCUCAGCACAACAGGAUAUAUCCUCUGUAUUCGACAAUCUGUCAAUUUCCAACCAGCCAAACCCUCCACCUCCAAAUCCCCAUUUCGUUGGUGGCUUCAAUCCUAGCUACUCUGUGGUCCCUACUCCAUAUGCCCCGGCUGCCCCAAGUCCAACUGGUACCCAUCCUUCCUCUUCAGCUCCCAAUCUAGUGAGGCCCGUGGCAAUGCCAACUCCUUUUGUCGAAUUUCCUGGGCAGCAAUCGUUGACGAUGCAAAUGGCACUUCUCCCGCCUGGCGCCCCAACUCCCGCUACUCGUCCGCAUUCGAAUCCUGUAAUUUCCUCAUCUAAGCCACCACUAUCUCCAUCUUCGAAGCCUCCCAAGCCCUCUCCAGCGAAGCCUGCGUCACCCCCCUCCACACCAGCGAAGGCAAGCAAAGUAGAAUCAAUUAGCGCCGCCUCUACCCCUGGUAAGCCUGGUCAAGAACAGUGCGCGGGUGUUACAAAGGCAGGGAAGCGGUGCACGCGAAUGGUCAAGCUUCGACCUGCUUUCGCAUCUCUGGAUUCUGAUGACUCUGGCACCAUGCCUCGUUUUUGCCAUCAGCACUCCAAAGAGCUGCUCGGACCGUCCGGUUUCUACGCGCGUAAGAACGGAGAAUGGGUAGAAUUCGACGCCUGGAUCCCCUCAUACUUACAGCCGGAAACACGAGUCUCGCUGCGGGUCGAGAUGGAGAGAUCCAGGUCUUCCUCGGAUGUGCAUGGGUACAUUUACACCUUUGAGAUUCGAGAAACAACAGAGACGGAGACAAUUAAACUGAAGGUUGGUCGGGCCGUCAACCUCGUAAAACGGAUCGACCAGUGGGGGAAACAGUGUGGUUCGAAAGAACAAGUCUUACGUGGGUUCUACCCUGGGUCCGUCGAACCAGAUGAAGAUGGAGGUGAAGGCAGCCUAAUGAAAGGUAGAGUCAAGGCAGGAGAAAAGGCAGCAUGGUGUCAUCGACUAGAGCGCCUCAUUCAUAUCGAACUCGCCGAUUUGGUGUCUACGUACAUCUAUCUUGACCCUGCUUGGCCCAAUGUCGAUGAGGCAGCGUCUACUUCAGCCGGAGAGAAGACAAGCAAUUCCAAAGAUUCCAACAUCCCCAGGACCUGCCCAGAUUGUGGCAGUAUACACAAAGAGAUAUUUGAAUUCCAACGCUGGAAACGGGGGAAGAACAAAGGUAAAGAGUGGGGGAAUCUGGUCAAACCUGUCGUGGAGCGCUGGGGCAAGUUUGUCGAACUUUACGUAUGA